GAGGAAACUUGAAGGAUGUCAUUCAGCAUCUACUGGGUCAUGAUCUAAGAGAGAAACCUUUCUUCUUUGUUACCGGGCCCAGUCAGUGCAAUGAACUUGCCAACACUCCUAAGGAGAAUGAAUCAUUUGCAACUAUUGAUAACUCUACAAUAGCCCCCUCUGAAGAAAAAAGUGUGAUGGGAUCUCCUCUUAAACUGCAGGAAAUUGCCAAUUUGUCUUUGGAAAGUCACGGUACAUCUACACCUCUUGGUGUUAGUAAAAAGCAAAGGUUGGUUCCUUUAACACUCAAAUACGGGAGGAGAUUAUUGAACAAAUUCAUUGCUGCUAAAGUCUUUGGUCCCCCUAAGAUUCCUAUGUUGAUUGUUCUCUGUGAUGCCGAGGAUAAAAACCAAACAGUUUUGAUUGGAGCUCAUAAGGAAGUCAAAGAUAGUAAACUUUUGGUAAAAGUCUUCGUUGUUCGGUCAAAUAUAAUGAAUGCCUCAUUGUUGGAAGAAUAUUUUCAGAAAGAGGAUACCGGUAAGUACAGAUAUAUUACUCAUUUAAUAAUAAAAUAAUGGCCCGAAGGAAAUAUUAUUAUAAAUUUGAUCUGUAAAGGAUUGGCUGUUGUGAAUGUAAAAAUUGACAGUUAAAUAAUUUGAAAGAAUGACUUGACAUUAUUUCCAUAAUUCUCUGAUGGUGAGUCCUAUGAAAGCCCGAAAAUUCUCAUAGAGCCAAUGUUAUUGUGUCAUGAGAAACUUGCCACUUGUCUGUUUAUGAUUAAAUCUGUGUGUUUGGUAUUCUAGGAAAGGGUUGCCAUAUGGUGAGCCAGUACCAAAUACUUGACAAGAAAGAUGGUCUUGGUAGUCUUGUCCUUCAAGUGCAAUGGUUUGAUCCACUGGGUCAAGCAAAACUCACAAAGCUUCAAGCAGCAGAAUUUUGUUUGCAGGCUACUGUAGUUCCAGGUAGGGCAGCUGCAAAGAUUAAGAACAAGUUAACUAGCCUUUUCUAGCUACAAUAAGUUAUCUCAAGAGAUAAAGCUUAAAGUCAAGGAAUGGCAUAUUUUACUUGCUUUUAAGAUUUUGCUAAGAUGAAAUAAGAAAGCUCCGUAAACUCCAAUAAUAUAUUUUAGAAGGAUCUGAUGUGAGGAAAUCUUGUAUGUAUUCCUGUUGUGUUUAAAAGGUUUAUUAUAAUGGCUGUGUGUUUAAAAAUAAAUUUUAUGAACAACUUCGAUUAAGCAUCUUUUUAUUAAUAAAUUAUAGAAUCUAAUAGUUGAUUAGUUCAAUUAGUUGUGUAGAGCAGCAGGCUAAUCAUUAAAUUAAUUAAUCAUUGAACAUUUGUUACUUUCAACAGGUAGUGAACAAAGCCCAGUGUUUGAUUUGUUUUGCCAGCUUCAGAGAAUUCAAGGUUUUGUUGAAAGUGCAAAGACAGGGGAGCUACCAGAAGUAUUGUCAUUGACAGAGGUCAAUGUGUUGUCUCUACUUGGAGAUUUGUUGCAGAAAGUCAAGGUUAGUCGAAGUAACAAAGAUGUGAUCCUUUUUAAAAAUAAUUAUCUGAUAACUUCUUCAAGUUAAUUUAGAAGAAGCUUGAAAUAUUUUAAAUUUUAGAAACCAUCAUGUCUUACAUUUGGCAAUUAAAAAAUUGAAUCACCACUUAUACAAUUUUACAAAACUGUUUCGGGGGCCAUCCAUAUAGUAAGUACGUAAAAAAAACUGUCGAAUCCCCACAACAGGUGCACCCCAAUAAAUUAAUACAUAAUUAUGACGUAUCAGUAAAAAAAAAAAGUGUCACAGGUUUUCAUCACUGUUAAGACAGCACAAUGGUUCCCAAAAUAUGCACUCACCUGGGAUGCAGUGUUGCCCUUUAUUUAAUAAAAAUGUAAUAACUUUCUCAAAAAAAUGUAUCUGUUAGAAUUUGAUAUAGUGUUUCUGAUGAAAACCUACAUUGGCCAUGGGCGCCGAGAAUAAAAAAAAUUAUAGGAACCACUGGCGUAGCAGAACAAAUGUAACUAAAUACACCAUGCAUAUAGAGCAUAAGUUAAGUUGUUCGUACUCUAGAUCAACAAGGACCAUCUAGUCAUCCGGUUGGGGGGGGGGGGGGGGGGGGAGGAGUCACGGUGAGUUCAUAGGUGGCUUGCUAUAAAGAGCCAUCGCCCACACUUAUUGUAAACUUGUCAUGUCAUUUAUCGUGGCUUCAAAGUGAAUAUUAUUGCGUGAUAUUAUGACACUAUUAGAGAAAUAGUCUAUUAAUGGACUGUCAGAAUUUCAGGAAAAUUAUUAUUUUUAGUGUGAAUAAAUGAACAUUCUUGCUGUCGAGACACCUCCCUCUUCCCCGCUAUAUGCACAUGUAUGCGAAUUCUCAAAAAUCGAUAACUCCCACUUAGUGUACAUACUGUAUGGAUGGCCCUUACCAUUAAAUUAAUUUUGCAUAAAUUAUUUUGCUUUUUUUUUUAUGUUGUGUAGAUUUAUGGUUAGACAAAACCAUGGUCAAAGUUGCCAGAAAAUGUUUAACUGGCAACUUAAUUUUUUCAUGGUUUUCUUAGAUCUUGUUUUGUUUUUUUUUGAAAAAGAAAGAAAUGACUCCUGAAAGUUAGAGCUGUCUUGAAGUCCCCUUGGUUGAGAGAAUUAUUUUUGAUGAAUUUUUGAAACCAUCUUGAGUAGCACUAUUGAAAUAAUUUACUUAAGACCAGUCCUGCUGGCAUUUAACAAAUCUAGCACAUAACUGAUGAAGGUAAUCUUUUCAAUGUAAUGUAAUUUUUUCUGCUCUUGCUUUACAGAAGUGGGAUAUUUUGAUAUAGCAGUGGGAUAUUUUGGUAUAGCAGUGGAAGAUGUAAAUUGUAUGUGAUAUUUUAAAAGCACAUCUCUGUUAUUUUUACACAUGUAACGGCAGCUGACAUUAUCAAUAGUUAGCAUUGAAAGAUCUGACCACUGAGCCAGAGAGUUAGCAUUGAAAGAUCUGACCAAUGAGCCAGAGAGUUAGCAUUGAAAGAUCUGACCACUGAGCCAGAGAGUUAGCAUUGAAAGAUCUGACCAAUGAGCCAGAAAGUUAGCAUUGAAAGAUCUGACCUCUGAGCCAGAAAGUUAGCAUUGAAAGAUCUGACCUCUGAGCCAGAAAGUUAGCAUUGAAAGAUCUGACCACUGAGCCAGAAUAAAAUAAUAUUUUCAGGUGUUGAGUUUGCCAAAUAAAAGAUGUUGUAUAGCAAAAAAUUUUGAUUUCUCUCCCAUGCAAUGUAUAAGAUCUAUGGAUGGCCCUUUCUUUUAUUCUAAUUUUAUUUUUACUUGAAACAGGCUAGCAACUUGGGACAACAGAGAGUAGUCAAGGAUCACAGGCAAGCAUCAUCUCGUUCUGGUAUGCUCAGUGGUGCCGCCAAACAUUUAUCUUUAGACUCUGGCUACGAAUCAGACUUUACUGAUGAACUCUGGGCCAUCAUCGGCUCGUCUUCUCACUAUACAGAAAUGGUUAAAAGUCUGAAUCUCAUUUUCUGUGAGCUGAGGAGGGGUGGGAUCAAGGCGUUCAUCCACAAAGAUAACGAGACGACGCUAGCCAAAUUGGUGAGGCAGUCUUAUUCAGGCAUGGCCUCCUUCCCAUCGCUGACUGGACAACUGCCCCUGCAGCUCAUUGCUGAGAUUGGGCUGGAGAAAAUGCGUAAGCACUACAGGUCUAUCUUCAUCAACAACAAGUUAUGCACAUCAGAACAAUGGUCCUUGUUCUUUCAUGCUCUGACCCCGACAUUUGAUGACAUUAUGAAUAUUGAGGAGCUCAGCCUUAACCUGUUGUGUACCCUGUAUGAUAUUAUGAGUAAGCUGCACCACUGCUUGGAGGUAGUGUCUGUGAUAGAUGCAUUCACAGAGAACCAACCGCUGGCCAGCUUCACUCUCGCUGUCAUGAACUAUUAUAAAAAUGGGAAGCUGAAUUGGUCCCAGACUUUCAGCUUCCAGAUGACCGCACUGCAGGCUGCUCCAGAGUUGAAGAGAGUUCCACUGAGUUUUCUGAGGAGGGAGAACAUAACAGAAGGUGUGUCUACGGUAGAAUGUCUGAUGUCUGAAGCACCAGAAGAUUUGAAUGUGUCUGUGUCUUCUGCUUCAUCUGACCUUUCAAUGGAUGCCGGUAUUUCCAAGGAAUUUGUUAUUUUUAAAACUGAGGAAGAUCUGCACUGUUUGUGUACAGUUUAGGGACUAAGGAAGAUCUGCACUGUUUGUGUACAGUUUAGGGGGAUUCAUAAAAAAAAAUUUUGUUAUCAUAUUUUUAAACUCGGUUUUAUUGUUAAAAGUUACAUGGUGAUCUUUAGUUAUGUUUGAAUUUGCUCGAUCAUUUCCAAAACUUUAUCCAAUAAUGUAAUUUGAAUU